GCGACGACGUCACGAGGGUGAAAGCCUCCACGGAGUUCCCUGGUCGGGGACGCGACUUUAGUGACGGAGUCGAGCGGACUGGAACGUGUAGCCGCUCCCUCCUGCCCUGGUUGGACUUUUGCUACUGAGUCGAACUAGUGAACGCGCCAGAGGAACCAGCAGCAGCAGCAGCAGCAGGUGCAUGUGGAUGGCGACAAAACAGAGUCCGCGCGGACUUCUCUCGCCAUAUGGUUGCAUCAGACGGGCAGCAAAUUCUCUUUACCUGGAUUUAAUUUGGACCAAAACGUUCGGUUUCUGAGCGCGCUCUGUCGCCAGGUCAUUGAAACCAGUCAGCCUGGUUAGCUGCACAUCUAAACUUCAUGCCGAUCGGUUGCGCACACGAGAGCGCCAGGGUGGAUCUUUAGUGAAAGUGUCCGUGGACUCUGGGCGGCCAUGGACGAGAGGAGAACCACGAGCGGGAGCGGACCCGCCGACCGUUCGGCUAAAGACCGGGUGGGCAGUGUGGAUCCAUAUGGCUUUGAGCGAUCGGAAGAUUUUGACUACGACUCCUACGAAGAGCUGAUGUCUCAGUACCUUGUUGUCCUCACAAGACGCUCCAUCAAGUGGUCGAAAAUGCUGAAAGGCAAAAGCAAGGUCCAGAAAAAUGUGAAACUGAAGCGUUACAUCCGUAAGGGCAUUCCCAACGAACAUCGCUGCGAGGUCUGGAUGGCGACCAGUGGCGCCCAUGACCAACUGGAGAAGAAUCCCGGAUACUACCACUCCUUGCUCAGCUGCGAGCAUGAUCCCAAACUAGUGGAGACCAUAUGCACAGAUCUGAACCGGACUUUCCCAGACAACGUCCACUUCCGCAGGUCCAACGGCUCGAGUCUGCAGAAACCACUGUACAACGUGUUGCUGGCUUAUGGGCACCACAAUCCAGCCGUGGGCUACUGUCAGGGGAUGAACUUCAUCGCGGGAUAUCUUCUGAUCAUCACAAAAAAUGAAGAGAAGUCUUUCUGGCUGAUGGAUGCUUUGCUCGGCAGAAUAUUGCCAGAUUACUACAGUCCAGCCAUGCUGGGACUGAAGACCGACCAGGAAGUGUUGGGGGAGCUGGUGAAGGUCAAAAUCCCCAGAGUGUGGCGGGUCAUGAUGGACAACAAUGUCAUGUGGACCCUGGUGGUGUCGCGCUGGUUCAUCUGUCUCUACAUCGAUGUGCUGCCAGUUGAGACCGUGCUGAGAAUUUGGGACUGUAUCUUCUACGAGGGUUCUAAAAUCUUGUUCCGUGUGGCCCUGACGCUGAUCCAUCAGAACCAGAGCUUGAUCGAGAAGGCGCAGUCCCUGCCGGAUGUCUGCCAGAGCUUCAAAGACAGCACCCGAGGAUCGUUCGUGGAUGAAUGCCACUCGUUCAUGCAGAAAAUCUUCACUGAGCCAGGAAGCUUGUCCAGUUCAACGCUGGCUAAGCUUCGUGCGACGUGUCGAUCGAGAAUCAUCGAGGAGGAGUCGUGACCUGAAUCUCACCUGCUGCUGAUGUCACACACAUUCCGCCAGGCCCAGUUUGCACAUUACUCCUAAGAGAACCACGUUGUUUUCCAGAUGAUUCCAUGUGACGCUAGAAUGUAGCUUUUGUUUUGCACUUUACUCUGAGUACACUGUAGCACCAGCUGAGACUGUAUUUCCUGUCACAAAUAUUUCACUGUUCUGAACCUCGCCUGUCAGUCAAAUUACGAGUUGAAGAAUAUUUUUGUUAGAACAUGAAGUGAAUAAAAAUGAAGGACAUUGUUACGCUCCACACAUGAAAACAUUUCAUUUCCUGUCUUAAGCAGGAAUCGUGUUUGUAGUCAUAAAAAUGAAAUAAAUCCACA